CGCGCCUUCAGAGACGAUCUUUGAUACUAAGGACCAAAUGGAGAUCGACUUGUCUUUUUUCUCGCUGUUUGGAUUGAUUUGGAAACGCAAAACAACAUUAGCAAGAAAAACAGGCAGGAAAGUGAGGUUGCAUCUUUAGGAAUGGGUUUUGAUUAUUACGGUUGCAUCCUCUCUUGGGCCACUGGCGAUCAGAAGUCGUGGAGGGAAAAUGAACGGGGGACGGCAAUUCGCCAUUUUUCAGCAAAAGGAAAUACCUUCAAACAUGCACGGAGUGGAUGUAUUGCUUUGCAUGGCAGUCAGUUAGCGACUACCCGUCAAGCGUCUGGUGGUGGUGGUCCCCAACGAGAGCUCCUUCCCGGCGGUGCGGCGGGCCUACACCAGCGAGGAUGAAGCGUGGAGGUCGUACCUGGAGAACCCGCUGACGGCCGCCACCAAGGCCAUGAUGAGCAUCAACGGCGAUGAGGACAGCGCCAACGCUCUGGGCCUGCUCUAUGACUACUACAAGGUUCCCAAAGAAAAGAGACUCCUGCCUGCUCCCAAAGUUGUGGAAGUAACUGAAGAACAGGAGAAAAAGUCCACAUUGUCCAGCGGCGGAGACGUGGAGGCCCUGGACAACCGCGUCCAGGUCCUCAAGACCGUCCCCGUCAACCUGUCGCUCAACAUGGAGCAACCCGACGGCAAACGCGAACAGUUUGCGGCGGCUGUGGCGCUGACCUCCGGAGAAGGAGGCGCGCCCUCCGUGGCUCUGGUGAAGGCCGAGGGGUACGCCCCCGUGUACAUGGCGGGUGCUGGGCUCCACUACCGGACGGACGGGGAGGAGCCGGCCAGGGUGGUGUACGAGCAGAGUGCCUACGAGGUGACCACCGUCAGUCACAACUCCUACGCCAAGGAGGACCAGCGGAGCCCGCCGGACAGCCCGUUUGACGAGGACAGGGACGCGAAGUACCACACGCCCUCUUCUCUGGCUUCAGACGACUUCCUGUUCCACCAGGAGGGAAUCGACAGCUUCCAGUACACGCUGGAUGCCACGCGCUCGCUACGGCAGAAGCAGGGCGAGGGCCCCAUGACGUACCUGAACAAGGGGCAGUUCUACGCCGUGACGCUGAACGAGCUCAGCGCCAACAAGCGCCUGCGCCACCCCAUCAGCAAAGUUCGGAGUGUAAUCAUGGUGGUGUUCAGCGAGGACAAGAACCGGGACGAGCAGCUUAAAUACUGGAAGUACUGGCAUUCCCGGCAGCACACGGCCAAGCAGAGGGUCCUGGACAUUGCCGAUUACAAAGAGAGCUUCAACACCAUCGGCAACAUCGAGGAAAUCGCCUACAACGCCAUCUCCUUCACCUGGGACGUGAACGAAGAGGCCAAGAUCUUCAUCACAGUCAACUGCCUGAGUACGGACUUCUCGUCUCAGAAGGGCGUCAAGGGCCUUCCUCUGAUGAUCCAGAUUGACACGUACAGCUACAACAACCGCAGCAACAAGCCGCUGCACAGGGCCUACUCGCAGAUCAAGGUCUUCUGUGACAAGGGAGCAGAGCGCAAGAUAAGAGACGAGGAGCGAAAACUAUUCCGAAAGAAGUCGAAAGGUAAAGAUGGCGGUGUGGGCGUGAUAACAGUUCCGAAAAAGUCAGACACAACAUAUUUCAAGACCAUGACUGACCUGGAAGCACAGCCCGUCCUCUUCAUCCCCGACGUCCACUUUGGCAACCUGCAGAGGGCGGGACAGGUAUUCACCUUCAACGCCGAGGAGAUCGAGCGAGAAGGGAGCGUGCUGGUGAAGAGGAUGUUCAGGCCGUCGGAUGAAGACUUGUGUCCGUCGCCGCAGAAACAGAUCAAGGAGGAGAUGCACAAGAGAGUGUUGUUGUACGUCCGCAAAGAGACAGACGAGGUGUUUGACGCGCUGAUGCUCAAGUCGCCUACGCUCCGAGGCCUCGUGGACGCGAUAUCUGAGAAAUACGGGGUGGCGGCCGAGAAGAUCGCCAAAGUGUACAAGAGAAGCAAAAAAGGCAUCCUGGUCAACAUGGACGACAACAUCAUUGAGCAUUAUUCCAACGAGGACACCUUCGUCCUCCACAUGGAAAGCUCUGCCGACACCUACAAGGUGACGCUGACGGAGAUAUGACAGCGGAAAAAGGGGGCGGGCCUCAUCAAACACCCUCUUCCUGUAACAUCCGAAAAGACUGCCUCUGAUUGGCUGACACUGUGCUCUGGAGGGGAACUGUUACACUGUGUCCUAAAAGGCAGAAAUAACAGAGCACAGAUUCGUGGAUCCAGGGCACAGUUUUAUUUUGACUGUAAAAAAAUGUGUUGUCGUUGUGUACAUACUUGAUUUGUACUGACAAAGUUGCCCAUCAGGAGUAGCCUUGUGAGAUGCCUGAUGAAAAUUGUUUAUGCAAUAGUUGGAAUUCAAUCUUAAUUAGCAGCUUCAUUUGCAUGCCGGCAUUUUUAUUUGUAUGUUUUUAUAGCCUUUCGUUAUUUAUUGAUGCUUUGCAGUAUAUCCACCAAUUUCAAGUACUUCACAUUUCAGUGACUUAACAGGAAGUCACCCUCGUAUGAUUUUUUUUUUAAAGGUAUUGCAAACUUUAAUGUUCACCUCACCACCAGUGUUGAGAUAUGGCAAUUAACUCCAUGGAAGUACUUUUCAGCAUCUUAUUAUGGCACUCACUGUUGCCUGAAUCUUUUGACCCAAUAAUAAACAGAUGCGCCAUGGGUAACGUCCACACUCUUUCACUGUCUGAUGUAAUAGUAAUACCACAACUAGUAAAAAUAAUGAGUCAUUGUUGUUUUAGGUCAAGAGUCGGUAAAAAUUACAAAACAAGUCAAUUUCUAUUUGUAGUUCUAAAGGGAAUUAAGUGUUUUUACACAACGUUACGUUGUUACAUAAUAUGCAAAUUAGCAGAUGACGUCGAGCAACUUCCUCGACAGCCAAUAGAUACUUUUCUUACUGAGGCGUUGGCAAAAGUGGGUCAAUGAGUCAAAUCCGCCAUUUUGGUAAUCGAACGACUUUUUUGCUAGCUUUUUGCUAGCUUUGUCUACUAAGCAACGCUGAAACUGCAGUUUUGCAGUUACAAACGUGCAAAUGUAUAAGCGUGUUAUGUUGUAGCACUGUUGUUUUUCGGCAAAUACUGGGGUAUAGCUUGGAAAAAACGUAACGUUCCUCGCUAAAAUUCGCUAUGAUGACACAUACCCGAUUAACCGUGGUGGCUUUAACAUGCUAACGCCUGCUAAAACUACAACUUAUCCGCGACAAACGUCGUCACUUUCCACAAACUUAUUUAUCUGCAGGAUGAUACUACCCAAGAUCCAAAUAAAUCCCUUUAAAAAAUAGUACCAAAAAAACAACCUCUUACCUGGCCGCUAGCUGUUAGCAUGGAAGCCCAAGAAAUAUUUGCUACAUUCAAGAACCUGGGAAAAAAGAUAUCUCGCCAUUUUGUCUUUAUUUAAAUAACAAAACGGACAGCCUACACAGAACACAUGAUGCGAGUUUACAAUACAAAAAUCUACAAAAAUGAUAGUGACAGCCUUUUUUGAAAAACCUCUUUUCUUUGUUCGACAACUGUACAGUAUAAAUGAUACAAUACUGUGUAUGAUUUCAUUUUUUCUUCUAUAUUUGGCACUUGACCACAAGAUGCUGUGCUGGGUGGGGUACCUGAUCAGGCACCAUACUUAUCACUUAUGUAUUACAUACAUUCAUUCCCAGGGUUACAUUCCCCAACUGCAGGAAAAAACAAACAAAUGGUUUCUCCUGUGUUUUCACGCCAGACUAUUAAAAAGAGAAUGUCAGUGAAUGCAACACGGCACUGACGUUUGUUUGGUUAGAAAUUUGGUGCAAAAAUCAAAACAAUUAGGAAAAGAGUGGGAAUCUUACACUUGAAAGUUGUCAAUGCACAGCGAUGCGUGUGGUCCUCUCCUCUUCGACACGUCUAUCAUAAAUACGAGUGAAUAUACUGUACAACGUCGUUUCUUCUUUCAAGUAAAACAAAACAUCACAAUGCAAUAAUUUA